AGAAACACAGACCGAGCAGAAGAGGAGGCUCUAAAACCAGUGUCACUUCUAUUUUAUUUAGAGAGAAGAGGGAAGACAAAAGAGGAUUUCUGUUUUAGUCUCUAUUUUUCCCCCUCUCCUCCUUCUGUUCUUCUUUGCAGGCUGUGGAAUAAGAAAGAAAAUAUAUCUAUAUAUAUGCACACAACAGCAACACUGCUGAAUGCUUUUGACAACAGUGUCAUAUUCAGGAGCAGUGAGUGUUUUGUGUGUUGGCUCAGUGCGCGUGUGUGCGCUGAGGAGGUGGGGGAAGCAGCCUGUGCAGUUUAAAGGGAAAAUACAAGGCACGCACAAAGCUGGGAGCACAGGCAGGCAAGACAGCAGGAAAGGCAAGGGAAGGAGAGGUGGUGGGAAUCUGCUGAGCUGGCUCACGCUCUAACCGACAAGCUGCUUUUGGAUUUUUACACCACCGAGCCAGCCCCGGGGUCUCCCUCUGUGCUCGGCCCGGACCUGGCCACGGAGCUGAGAGGUGUCAUGGUGUCCCGUGGGUGCUAAAAACAGAGGGACUACUUCACCUCUGAUCACAAGGAUUGAGGAGACCCCAAAGAAAUGAUUGGCAGCUGAAGCUGAGACUUAAAACAACUGUGAAUCAAUAACUUGGUGCUACUCUAAAAGCCAACUGGCUUUUAGGCUCCUGGUGCUGAAGACAGAGGUGUCAGACGUUACACAUAUUUUCAGUGUUGGAGUGAGGCCCUCUCUGAGCUGCAGUGGAGGGCUUCACAGAUACAGCUAGUCUGGCUGGAUGCAUCACGCAGUAGAGCAGUUUGGCGGGCGAGGCACACGGGAUUCCUUCCCUCUGGACGAACUCAACCGGGGGCCAUGGCCUCCCGUGGGCGGCCGCGCCUGGCAGCCACCUGCCAGGUGUUCACCUGCAAUGAACCAACACCAGCUACUUCCCCAUCUACCUCCAGGACCUAUGGGUGGGUUAAACCAUCACAACAAAUAUUUCAGUAAUGGGCCCAUGCGAGGAGGUGAAAAGCUUGAUCUCCCGCAGGCAAUGCUGCCAGCUCUACAGAGGGAGCAGCAGAGACCUCCUCACCAUCUUCAUCCUCCACCUCACCACAGAGCAUGGGAUCUAGGCCAGAUAUAUGAAUCCCACCUUCCUCCUCGAGGACAUCCUGUCGUGCCCCUGCCCAACGAUCUCUCACUUCGUCUCCAUAAUGGAGGUUAUACAGGAAGCAGCGGACCUCCGCCUAACCCCCAUUUCCCCUCCAGAGUGCCAAACCAGCUGCUGAAGUUUGGGGGUCCUCAGGAGCAGAAUGUUCCCCGGGGUCCGCCAUUGCUGGGAGAUGACUUGUGGGCUCAGGUGCACCAGCAGAGGGCCUACCCAGGGAAGAUGCUAGGUGGUCAGCUAAAGCGACCAGGCCCUCCACUGGGAGAGCAUUCUGUUAUUCAACACACACCUCCACCGUCGCUGCACCCACCCUCCCAGCCUACAGCAGAGGAGUGUCCCAGCCCCAGCAAGAGGAAAAAGAGUUCAGAUCAGGUAUCCCACCCUGGGCUACAACGUUUCCCUAGCGCUGGCCAAUCUUUGUCACAGCAGCAGUCGUCUGUUCAACACCGCCCUCCAAAGCCUCACUUCUGGAACCCCCUUCACAAGGACAACAGUGUUCCCUGGCAGCCACAAACCUCCGAGCGCAAGAACCCACAAUCGCAGGAGUUCCAGGAAACUAACAAACAAGGUAUGGGCAGCUACACCCAAAAGUCCUCUCCUGCCUCUUUGACCCCUUCCAACCUCUCUCCUUCACCCAAGUCUCCUCCGGGAAGCUACAACCAGGGAUGUGCUCCUCACCUUCAGAAAGACAAGUUACAACCUCAGGCUGUAAACCAUCAGUCCCCUCACUCCUCCUACCCCAGUCCCAGCUCCAAACCGGAGAACGCUCCACCAUGCCAGGCUAAAGAGACUCGUGGUCCUCAGAUGCAGAGAGGCCCUCUCAUCGGGGGCCAAGGUGGCAGCCAAGCUACCUCUCGUACAGCAUCGACUCCAACCAGGGGAGACCGAGAUCAUCACCUACAUGCCCAGUCAUCACCAGCAAACGUUUCUGCAACCAGCAGCAACGACAGCAGCAGCAACAGCAGUGUGCCUUACAGCCACUUCCAGCCUCAUCCAGGGCUGGGCCACCAGGGUCCUCCUCCACCGCCUCAAGCCAGCAGCACCUCAGUACCUCAGCAACAGCAAGGCGAUCCCCGUGAGGCCUGGAGAUAUCAGAACCGGUCCAGGAAUCACUCCCUGGAAUCAGGCACCUAUAGACCUCCAGGUCUGCUACCUCAGUGCCAGCAGAGCCACAAUCAGGUCGUGGAUAGUCGGCUUCCAGGUUCCUCCCACCGUCAGAGUCACGUCAGCCCUCCCCUGCCACCAACUAACUCCACUCCAACACCUGUCAUUACAACCAAUCCUCCCAUGUCCCAGGCCCCCUGCUCUGUCCGCCGCCAUAGCAAUAGCAGCAGCUCUAAUAGUGUUGCUAUGGCUGGUGCCUCCACAGUGACCACAUCACCCCCUGCUGGCUGCUCUGCGAACAUUGGCAGUAGCAGUAGUUGGCAAAGAGGAAGGGAGCCAGUACCCCAGACCUCUACCAGUGCUGUCACUGGCCCCCAAUCUCACAGGGAUGCUCUGCAGCAGCCAGGCAAUCACCGAGGCCCAGCUCCCACUGCAAGCCAGUCUCACCAACAGGGAGAUACUAAGUCUCAGCAUAUGAAGGGGAAGAUGGCAUACUAUGCUCAGGCUCAACUGGAAAAACCUCCUCCAUUUUCCUCCUCAUCUUCUCUAUUCUCCUCAGGGCACCACAGGGCAGGGGACAGUGUGAUUACAAGCACAGUUUCAAAUCCACUUUCUAGCUCUCCUAUUACUUACUGCCCAGUUUCUCACUCCACAGUCAGCUCUGCGCCUCAACCAUCCAGCCCAGCUCGCCCCUCCAAACAUAUAUUCUCUCAUUCACAAACUCCAGCUUCUGUCCCGCAGUCCAUUGAAGAGGCUCUCGAUAAACUCGAUGCUGAGCUACAGGGACACAUGCAGGCUGAGGAAAAGAGGAAGAGAGACAGAGAGGAGCAAGAAAGAAAAAGAAAAGAAGAGCGAGAAUGGCGGGAAAGGGGAAUACGACGAAAACAGGAAGAGGAGAGGAAGAGGAUAGAGCUGGAAAAGAAGGAAGAGGAGAGGAAAAGAGAACUGGUGAAACAAGAGAAGGAGAAGAGGAGAAGAGAAUGGGAGAGGCAAGAGCAGGAGAGAAGGCAGGAAGAAGAGAGGAAGAGAAUAGAAGUGGAGAGACUGGAGAAAGAGAGGAAAAAGAGAGAGUGGGAGAAGCAAGAAGAGGAGAGGAAAAGGAGAGAAUGGGAGAAGGAACGGGAAAGGAAAAGGAGAGAGUGGGAGAAGCAAGAGGAGGAGAGGAGGAGGAGGAGGGAAGCAGAGAAGCAGGAGCAGGAGAGAAUGAAAAGAGAACUGCAGAGGGAGGAGGAAGAAAAUAAAAAACAAAAAGAGUUGGAGAGGAAAGAGGAAGAGAAAAUAAGGAUGGAGAGAAGUAGAGAGGACAAACUGUGCAGUGCAAAAGGAAAAGAGCAGACUGCUAUUGAAAAUCUGGAAAGGCUGCUUUCUGAAAACUCUUCCCCAGUGCCCCCACCUCCUCCCCUCUCUUCUAUUACUGCAUCUCCUUCAGGUCCAUCUCUCCCCAGCUCUCAGGCUUCUCCUCCCUACCCCUGGCUAAGCCGUGGUGGUUUACUCCCCUGCCAACCAGGUCAGACACUCACGGCUGCUACUCAUGUAGAAAGGCUGCGGCCUCCUCCUCUCACACCUCAGACGGACUAUGCCAGAGAAAAGCAAAGGCAGAGGGAGAUGUGGAGUAACAAUGGCGGAACGACAUUCAGCCCUUCUUCAACAAACAAUACCUCAGGAAUGAACCAGCCGGUAUACCCCAGCAAGCCUCCGGCAAUGCAAGCUGCACCCAACCAAUCCAAAGACCCAGCCAGGGAGAGAGACUGCGGCCAGCACUCGCUCCCUACGGUGGCACUAAGAGAGCCCCCUAAACUGUAUCACGCUUUUUCUAGAGAAAACCUUCCAGCUCUAUCCUCCACCUCCACCAGGGGAAUCCUCAAUAAGCAGGUGACAGGAGGCAAUUUGGACAUUGCCAGCAGCUGCAGCACCGACUCUGACAGUGCUCAGUUUGAGGAGGAGUCCUCUGAGUCCACGCUGCUUCCUGAUGGUCUGGCUAACAUUAUGGCGAUGCUGGAUGAAUCUAUCAAAAAGGAAGAGGAGAUGUAUAGCAGUGAGAAGAAUGGGCCUGCAGGUCUCAUUGGCACCUUUUCUCCCAGUGCUGAGCCCAACAAGAGCUAUCUCUGUGCCCCAGACUUAGUUCCAGCAACAAAACAUCAGCCCAGUCACGAAGACCGAUCCAAUGCCAGUCCUCCUGUCCUUAGCCGCCAAGGUUCUCUGGCAUCCCCUUGCAGCCGAACAUCUUCUCUCAACGAGGACGACGAAGACUAUCUUAAACCUUCUCCAAAUGUUCCUAUGAAUCCUAAGCAGUCCGUGGACAUGGCAGUGGGAGUAGGGAACACCAAUUACCGCCACAGUGACUUGGCUAAACUUUAUGGUCUACCUGAACAGACUAAAAGUGAUGCUGAUGAGGAGGAUGAUGCUGAUGAUGAUGAUGAUGAAGAGGAUUCCGAGGCCCCGUCUUGUUCUCCACCACCCCAAAGACCACACCUCCAUCAGACGGGUGUUAAUAGCGCGUUCAAGUUUCAAGCAACAGUCCCACAGAGCCAGAAGUACACCUACCGUGGCGGACCUUUUGGGAGACCUCCUCCAUCGGCUCUAGUUGGGGUCAAAUAUUCCUCUUCACUGUCACUGGGCCCCGAUAUCUGCUGCCAACAGCAAAGCAGUUCCCCCACAUCAGAUUCAACGAAUCCACCGUUCAGUCCUGCCGUUCCACCCAUGAAGUCCUCUCCUCGUUCUCUGCUGGAAGAUAAGAAGCUGAAAUUAGAGGACUCUGAUGUCUGGACAGAUGAAGGAGAAUCAGAGGGAAGUGUGACCUCUAUUAAAAAGAAAAGCAUUCCCACUAUAAAGCCUAUUAGGGCAAUAAAGGAGGAGCAAGAGCUGACAACCAUCUCUGAAUCUUCUUUGGCAGAGUUGGGCAAGAGCUGCGAGGUCAUGCUUAGCCGACAGUCACUUCAUUACAAGAACUCCCAUGAAAAACGUGACGACCAAGGUAAAAUGGGAAGCAGACACAAACUUGAGAAAGUAAGGGAACACAGGGAGAAAGGCAGAAGCAGAGACAGACAGAGGGACAAAGAAAAGAAGAGAAGGCAUGGUCACAGCAGCAGCAGAAAGCAUGACGACAGGAAAGAAAAGAAAAAGCACAGAGACAAAAAAUAUUCCUCAUCAUCCACCCACUGCAGUUCCAGCCACAAGCGACACAAGGAUGGCAAAGGCCAUAAAGAGAAAGACCGCAGAAUCCUGAGCGAUCUCAAUCUCCAGAGGAAGGAGGGCUCGGAGAAAACUUUUGGUCAAUAUGAAACAGAAAAAAAGAAAUGCAAGGAAGCAUCCGGCACGAGCUCCACCAGCGAAGGGGAGCGCGGAUCUUCCGAGCACAAAAAAGGCGAAUCUGGGUCUUCGUUAGGUUCUAUGGAUUUAAUGAAAUUGAAGGCAUUGUCAGAUGGGCCGCCAAAAGAGCUGAAGAUUCGCCUGAUCAAAGUGGAGAGCGGCGACAGGGAGACGUUCAUUGCCUCCGAGGUGGAGGAAAAGAGGAUUCCACUGAAGGACAUUAGCAUCAAGAACACUGCGAGUGAGAUUAUCCGAUCCUGCAAGGCAGCCAGAAUCAAAGGGAAAUUUAAAGAAUCAUACUUGCUGCCGGCCUUCUGUGUAAAACCCAUCUUACCCACCGAGGAACUCAUUCCCAGAGAGAAACUCAACCCUCCUACACCCAGCAUAUAUUUGGAGAGUAAGAGGGAUGCCUUCUCCCCUGUCCUGCUGCAGUUCUGUACAGACGCCAAGAAUCCCGUUACUGUCAUCAGAGGACUAGCUGGAUCUUUACGACUCAACCUCGGGCUCUUUUCUACAAAAUCCCUGGUGGAAGCCAAUGCCGAUCAGAUGGUGGAGGUGAGGACUCAAGUGCAGCAACCUGCCGAUGAGAACUGGGACCCUAGUGGCACAGGUCAGACGUGGCCCUGUGAGAGCAGCCGCUCCCACACCACCAUCGCCAAGUAUGCCCAGUACCAGGCCUCCAGCUUCCAGGAGUCUCUCCAGGAGGAGAAAGGCAGUGAUGAGGAGGAUGAUGAAGAUGAUGAGAAGAAGCCACCCAGUAGUUUGGAGACUCCCAACAAGGACGGCUCUAAAGAAACUUGCAAUGGUGAGCAGAAAGCAGUUGGGAAAAUCAUUAAAUUUGGCACCAACAUUGAUCUCUCUGAUCCCAAGAGGUGGAAGCCUCAGCUUCAGGAGCUGCAGAAGCUUCCGGCAUUUAUGCGCGUGUCAUCCAGCGGAAACAUGCUGAGCCACGUCGGACACACCAUCUUAGGCAUGAACAGCGUCCAGCUCUACAUGAAGGUUCCAGGGAGCCGAACACCAGGUCACCAGGAGAAUAAUAACUUUUGCUCGGUGAACAUCAAUAUUGGCCCCGGAGACUGCGAGUGGUUCUGUGUCCAUGACAACUAUUGGCAGGCCAUCAGUGACUUCUGUGAGAAGCAUGGAGUGGACUACCUCACGGGGUCUUGGUGGCCAGUUUUAGAGGACCUUUAUAACGCCAACAUCCCAGUGUACCGCUUCAUCCAGCGGCCCGGAGACUUGGUGUGGAUUAAUGCCGGUACUGUUCACUGGGUUCAGGCUGUGGGCUGGUGCAACAAUAUUGCCUGGAACGUUGGACCCCUGAAUGGUUACCAGUAUCAGCUGGCCCUCGAGAGGUUUGAGUGGAACGAAGUGAAGAAGGUGAAGUCCAUUGUCCCCAUGAUUCAUGUUUCCUGGAAUGUGGCCCGCACUCUGAAGAUCACUGACCCAGACACCUACAAGAUGAUCAAACACUGCCUGAUGCAGUCCAUGAAGCACAUCCAGAUCCUGCGUGACCAGCUGGUGGUUGAAGGCAAAAAGAUUUCCUAUCAGAGUCGCGUCAAAGACGAGCCUGCCUACUACUGCAACGAGUGUGAUGUGGAGGUGUUCAAUUUGUUGUUUGUGACAAGCGAGAACAGCAGCAGGAAGACAUACGUGGUUCGCUGCGAGGACUGCGCACGACAGCGUAACCCCAACCUGACCAACGUAGUGGUGCUGGAGCAGUACCGCACAGAGGAGCUCAUGAACGUUUACGAUUCCUUCACCCUGGUGAGGAGAGACCUGGGAGUGCCAUCCUGAAAUAACGUGAUGUCAAACUCUGCCCUUUUUUUUUCCCCGGUCAGUAACGUUGUAUGUCCUGUCUUACCAGGCCUCCUCCUCUCGAUGACAGAGCUCCCCACGUGUGUCUCCUCAGACAUAACCAAAACUCCUGCAAGCCAGGACAAAGACAGUUUCACUUUGGUUUCCAACUUACCCGUUCAUUAUUAUUUAGCAUGAUUCUUGCGACUACUGCUACUACUUGCCGAAUAGCCAGUUGAAUACGUUUACUCAUUACUGUUUACAAAAAAAAGAAAAACCAAGCCGCCAAUAAGAUACCAGUUUACUCUCAGAUGGUGCUUUCAACCAGAACCCCUGGAAGCUGCAGCCGAUCACUGGGGGGGUGGGGGAGUUGGUGCUGUCACUGAACAAACUGCGGAGGGCAGCCGGUGGGUUCAGCGGCGUGUUUCUGUCAGAACUCUUCUGUUGUCUUGAAUAUUGAAAUUUGUACAUGCUGUUU